UAAUGGACGAAAAAUUAAUUGAUGCCGUUCAAAAGUUUCCGUGUUUGUGGAACACUUCUUUGUCAUUUUACAAAUGUAAUGAAACUAAGGACGCUGCGUGGGAGGAAAUAGUCAAAGAAAUACAAUAUAAAGAUGUGAAAAGCGCUAAGUAUCGUUGGAAACAACUACGGGAUAGCCAUCGGGACGCGCUAAAGAGGCAGAAAUCUAAAAAAAGCGGACAGGCUACAACCAAAACACGUGAAUGGAAAUACCAAAAAUUGAUGGAAUUUCUUUUACCGUACAUGGCCAACAGAGAUAGAGAGUCAAGUUAUAAAGAGGAUAUUUCGUCACCAAAUAAUGAAAAUGACUCUUCGCAAAGCACUCAAUAUUCAUUAAACCAAGAUGACUCUUCGCAGAGCACUGAACAUACACCAAAUCAAGCUGACAAUCCCAACAAUCUUUACGAAAUAGCCUCAACUUCAGGCAUUUCAACAGAUUCGGUCACCCCGUCAUCAUCAAAGAAGAAAAAAGGCGAUGAAUUAUCAAUUUUAAUACAAAAACAUAUGAAAAAUCAAGAAGAUUUUCGAAAAGAAAGGCAAGAAUUAAGAGAACUUUUAAAACCAACGGACUGCGAUGAUACUGAUCAUUUUUUUCUUUCAAUGGCGAAAACAUUUAAAAAAUUACCAGAUUACAUGCAAGUUCCUUUAAAAAGGAAACUUUUUAAUAUGAUUAGCGAAGCCGAAGAAUCUUACGUGCUGUCGUGGUAUAAUCAAAAUAUUGGUUAUUCUUCAAGCUCUGAUAGCAGUAUAGCAGUAGGUAGUAAUAUAGCAGGCCAGAUGGAUUUGCCGCCUCAGCUGGAUCCUGAACAACUUGGUUAUUCUUCAAGCUCUGGUAGAAAUACAAAUAAAACAGUGGGCCAGAUGGAUUCAUCUUUCCAACUGGAAGCUGUACAACCAGCAUCUCCGGGAACACAACAUUCAGACCUACAAACGCCAAAUACUUCAAACAAAGUAGGAACAGAGCCUAAUUUGCCAUGAAAAAGAGGAACUUGUUGUCUACUUAUUUUGCAGAUUAUGAUUACUUUUCAAUUAAUAUGUUUAAUAAAGACAAAAUUGAUUCAAA